AUGAAGGAAGAGUUUGAAGACAGAAAGCAAGACGACCUGGAGAGGGUCAGUGUCGAAUCUGACGGCGAGUCCGUGGCCCUCACCAAGCGUGAGAUCCAAGGCUGGUUGGCCUAUGCCGCUGCUGCUGAGCCCUACAGUGUCGUCUGUAUCUCUGCAUUGGCUCCCAUCGUGCUCGAGUCCCUGGCCAGUGGAUACGGUUACCAGACCGCCGAUAGGUCCCUCCCCUGUAACACUCAUGAAUCUGAUUACAAGUGCGAGGUGAAGGUCGGAGGAUUGUGGUUGGACACUGCGUCGUUCUCGCUGUACUGCAUCUCAGUCUCGGUUUUCUUGCAGGCCUUUGUCUUUAUCAGCAUGGGAGCUCUUGCUGAUCACGGCACUCGUCGUAAGACGUUUUUGUUGGCCUUCUCGUUCAUCGGAUCCAUCUCGACCAUCCUCUUUGCCGCCGUCGUCAAGGAGAGCUUGUACUGGUUGGCAGGAGUGUUGGUGAUUAUCUCAAACGUCGCAUUUGGAGCCAGUUGGGUCCUCUACUACGCAUUCAUCCCAACCAUGGCCCGCGACCAUCCCUCCGUCGUCGAAGCCCGCCAAAACGUCAAAUCUGGAACCGAUACCCCCGCAGACUAUCAAUUCGUCUUUGACCGUGUCGCCAACUCUCUUUCCUCCCAUUCUAUGGCAAUUGGGUAUGGCGCUGGAGUCAUACUGUUGAUUAUUGCGGCAGGGAUUGCGCUUGCAAUGGACCAGACGAAUUACUCGUUGCAGUUGGGUAUGGCUUUGACAGGAGUUUGGUGGUUUGGAGUGACGUUCUUUGUGUGGAAGUUUAUGCCUGCUCAGCCUGGUGAGCCGUUGACGGAGAAGACGAAUUUGUUUUUCUAUUCGUGGAGGCGUCUUGGCAAGACUAUCUCUAGGGCAAAGUCGCUGUCCGAGACGUUCAAGUACCUCAUUUCGUGGUUUAUCCUCUCGGACGGAUCCUCGACUAUCAUCUCGCUCGCAACUUUCAUGGGCAAGAAGAAAUUCCUCCUCUCCAACACCCUCCUCAUGGUCGGAGCCAUCCUCGUUCCCCUCUCAGCACUCAUUGGAACCUACCUCUGGCUCUUCAUCCAACGCCGUCUCAGCCUCACCUCUAAACAAACCCUCCUCGCCAUCUCUGUCGCCUUUGUUCUCGUCCCCAUCUACGUCCUCAUCGGCUUCUCCGGAGUCUUUGGACUCGUCUACAAGGUCGAGAUCUGGCCGACCUUGGUCUAUUUCGGACUCAUGCUGGGAGCCUUCCAAUCCUUCUCUCGUGUUCUCUACGCGUCCCUCAUCCCCCGGAGCAAGGAGGCAGAGUUCUUUUCGUUGUAUGGAAUCACGGACAAGUCGAGUUCUUGGUUGGGACCCUUGAUUACGGGCGCGAUUAUUGAGAACAAUGAUACGAGGUGGGGAUUUGUGUUCCCCUUGGUGAUGAUGAUCAUUCCAUUGUUUAUUAUUUGGUGGGUCGAUGUUGAGAGGGGUAUUUCUGAUGCGGAGAAGUUUAGUGUUGAGCAUACCGAUGCCAAGGAUGGUGUGUAA